CGUAGCUUUUCUAUCGCGGUAGGAAUAUUGCGUGAUACGGAAACGAGGUCACGGGAAAUGGACUUCACUAUCUUUGCAUGACUUCAGAGGUUGAAACAGAGAGCAAACGCAGCCAAAACAUUGCUUCUUUAUCGGGAUCUUUCGACAGAUCGAAUCCUCUCCUCCCAGCAGUCACCAUGUCCUCCAACCAAGAUAUGCCAACAUAUGAUGAGAAUGAAUCAAAAUUUAUGAGGAAAGCGAAGGAGUCUCCGUUUGUCCCAAUAGGCAUGGCAGGAUGCGCUGCAGUGGUCGCCUUUGGUCUGUGGAGGCUCAAGUCGCGGGGAGACACAAAGAUGUCAGUCCACCUCAUCCACAUGCGUGUUGGAGCUCAAGGCUUUAUAGUAGGCGCAAUGACAUUAGGGGUGAUCUACUCUAUGUACAAACAAUACCUUGCCCCCACGGACCCAGGUAAAGACAGCAAGUGAGCCUACUAGCCAAUCAGCAAGUGACAUGACCAGAAAACACUCCAUGCCUGCCAUUUCUGCAUUCUACCCUUAGAAAUAGAAAUCAUAGAAUGGAUUAUAUCUGUCAAAAUAACAUUCCAUUCAUGGCAAGUCAUUUAUUUUGGUGAGGGUGUCAUUUAAGCUAAGCAGCAUUCUCUGGCAGUCACUUUGAAGAAGGUUAGUACAUUUCAGAGGAAGUCGAGUGGCACAUUCAUUCUGUUUCAAUCAUUACCUCAUUGCUAGACACCUGCUGUAAACCACCAGUAAAAUGCCACCUUGAAGGCGACCAGCACACCCAUAAACUCCUAUAGCCGAUCCACUCAUUGACCAUUGUCAGCCUCACCAUGUAGUGUUAUUGUUAUUAUAUAAUAAAUAAUAUUGGUUAUUUUCUAAACUCUACUUUGAAA